AUGGAUCACUAUUCAGAUCAGGGUUGUGAAGGGUUAGACCUGCUCGAUUUGCUCUUUGAUAAGAAUGACGGUAUUUUACGGCAUGAGGACGUGGGACUACAAAAUGAUCAGCUUUGGCCUGUUCUAGAUCCUCACAUGACGAUGCCUGCCCAAGGUAGCGAGGACUUCUACAACGCACUUCUAGGUGGGUCUGAUUCUGUGUACGGGUCUCCGGUUUGGUCGCCCUCUCCAAGUGACAGCGGAAUCAGCGAGGACCCUCCUUCGGAUCACAUCGACAGCCCCCCACCCACUAGAAGCCCACCCACGGGUACCCGCUUCGUGGCAUCCCAGACACGACCCGACCACGGCCUUGAAGCCAACUUUCCAUUCCAUCAGAAUGGCUGGGAGACUGGCUUCUUCUCAAACCAGCCGGGAGGGAUGCAGCGGGUAUCAGAAGCACCGCAGGUGACACCAGCCACCGGAUUCCCCCUCACUGUCAUGGACCUGCUGCUAUCUGGCACACCAGAACCUCCCACAAAGGCGUCCCAGCAGUCCUACCAAGAGCUGGUUCUUACGGAAGAUGAGAAACGACUUCUCGCCAAGGAAGGAGUCGCGCUGCCAAGUCAGUUCCCGCUCACCAAGUACGAGGAAAGGAUUCUGAAGAAAAUUCGCAGGAAGAUUCGCAACAAGCAGUCAGCCCAAGAGAGCCGGAAAAAGAAGAAAGAGUACACCGAUGGCCUGGAAAGCAGGAUGGCCACAUGCAAUGCUCAGAACCAGGAGCUGCAGAGGAAAGUCUUCCAGCUGGAGAAAUGCAACAUGUCUCUGAUGGAACAGCUGCGGAGGCUCCAGGCGCUGGUCAUGAACGGAUCCAAUAAACCGGCCCAGACCGGGGCUUGUGUUCUGAUUCUGCUCCUCUCAUUUACCCUGAUUCUCCUGCCCAGUCUGAAGCCCUUCACAGAUACCAAGGUCAGCCAGCAUGGAGACUUUAGCCCACUGAGAGUUCAUUCCCGAUCCCUGCACGACCUUCAGUCCUCUCGUGUGUUGCGCUCCCUGGAACAUCCAUACUCGGUGGUUGAAGACUCCAAAAUUCUUUCUCGCUUCUCUGGGGACAAAAGGAUAGAGGAGAUAACAUCUGUUCUGGGAGAACUUCGCAGGGGACCGGGAUUUAGCAAUUACGACCAUGAAUCUCACAACCACAGUCUUGACCAGCAUGAUGACUAUUACGAUGGAGACCCCAUCACCGGGCAUGUGGCAACAAUGACCUUGAGUCCUCGUCGUGGCUCAAGGCGGAGUCCACAUGCGGAUGAUAUGUGA